AUGAAUAAUGUCAGCCUUACUGACGAUUCAGAAAAGUCAUCAACAUCACAACACGUUUUUGUUGACUCCCCAUGCGCUUACGUUGACUGUCCCAAUUGGUGGGAUUGCUGUGAGACCUGGAAUGGAGCAACUGAUAUUGAUAACGAAGGCAAUUUUACCUGGAAUCACCGAACAGCAGUGGAUUUUACAAACUGGAACGAAGAUCAACCAGAUAAUUUCCUGGAGGAGUCAUCUGGGGAUGAAGAUGGGCAACAUUGUGCUGCAUUUUGCCGGAACGGAUUCUGGGAUGAUAAUGAAUGUUCAAAAAAGAAGACUUUUAUCUGUGAGAAAGAGCAUACAUGA